AUGGCUGAAUUCCCUGGUUUGGGACGUCAUUGCAGUUUUGCCGAAUGUCAUUUACUUGACUUUCUCCCGGUACGUUGUGACGCAUGCUCAAAAGACUUCUGCGCCACUCAUUAUCCUUACGAUAGUCAUCGUUGUGAUUCUUCCUAUAAGAAGGAUGUACAAGUUCCGGUCUGUCCACUGUGCGGUAAACCAGUCCCUGUGGCUCGUGGUGAACUACCGGAUGAGCGUGUAGGUCAACAUAUCGAUGCAGAUUGUAAAUCUGAUCCGGCACUGGCAAGUAAGGGUCGAAUUUAUACGAAUCGUUGCUCGAUGCACGGUUGCAAAAAACGAGAAUUGAUUCCAAUCCAGUGUAAAGAGUGUGGAAUGAAUUUCUGUGUGAAACAUCGUUUCCCGGCAGAUCAUGACUGUGAAUUGAAUCGUGCAAACAUCCAAGCCAGCAAUGGACAAUCAUUCUCGCAAGCAGCCAAAUCGGCGAUUGCACGUCAGAUGAAACAAUUGCAGCAAAAACAACGUUCCUUCAUGGGAUCAAUGACCGCUAAGCCUGAACAACAACAACAAGCACAAGCCUUACCAACCCAAUCAUCCUCAUUGAAUGGCUUCAGCAAUGGGUCGUUAUCGGAAGAUGAAGCAUUAGCGCGUGCUCUGCAAGCGUCACUCAACGAUAUCCCAUCUUCUGAGACACCACAAUUGACCACAGAGGAGAUUGACGCAGCGUUGGCUGAGCAACUGCAGCGCAACGAAUACGUGUAUGCUCUUAAAAUUAGUCAAUCAGCGCCAAGCACAACGUGUAAACGGUGGAUCGUCAUCUUGGAAUGA